AUGGAGCAACCCUAUGUGUACGCUUACCCACAAUCAGGCACAGGCCCUUCGGCUCCGCCUCUACAAGGCAGUGACGUCGCAGAUGAGCCUCUAAAAGGCAGUGAUGUCGCCAGAGCGAUAGUGGAUCAACGGUUCUGCGCUCCGUACCCCGUUGAUAUUACGAUAGUGCGGAAGAUGAUGAAGUUAAAGGCCGGUAACUUCGUUAUAACGGACGUGAACGGAGACAUGUUGUUCAAGGUGAAGGACCCGGUGUUUGGUCUUCACGACAAGAGGAUUUUAUUGGAUGGUUCUGCAUCUCCGGUCUUAAAUAUGAGAGAGAAGAUAGUGAGCUUGCAUCAAAGGUGGCGAGUAUUUAGAGGAGUGAGUAAGGAGCAGAAAGAUCUGCUGUACACGGUGAAGAGAUCGUCGAUGAUUCAGUUUGAGACGAAACUUGAUGUGUUUUUGAGCCACAAUAAGGAAGAGGAGAGAUGCGAUUUCCGAGUCAAAGGUACCUGGUCCCAGAGUUCUUGUGUCAUCUACGUAGGUGAAUCUGACACCAUUGUUGCCGAAAUGAACAAGAAUGAUACGUUGCAGAGCGUUUUGUUCGGAAAGGACAAUAUCUCAGUGACGGUUUAUCCAAAUGUAGAUUAUGCUUUCAUUGCCUCUCUCAUCGUCAUUCUCUAUGAUGUAAACCGAGACACCGCUGCUGCUUUCUCCGCCGCUUCUACCGGUGCUUCCGCCGCUGUUACUUUGAUGAUCUGA